AUAUCGUAAGUGGUGGGUGUUCAUCGAUCAGAACAUUUUGUCGCAUAAUUUACGAAAAUUUAAAUUUUGUUGUUGGACAACAUGCCGGUUGACUUAGAUUUUGAUUAUGAAGUUGCUAUAAAAAAUAUGGACAUUUUUUCUCAAGAACACAUCGAUAAUCUUCAUGACUGGACGCAAAAAUUAGAUAAAUCCAAAUACGUGCCAAAGGAUUUAUCAAACAAACAGUUACUCUUAUUUUAUAAUGCUUGUGAAGGUGAUAUUGAAAGAACAAAAAUAUGUAUAGAAAGGUACUAUAAUUUAAGAAGAAGUACACCAGAAAUGUUUGAUAAUAGAAUUUUAACUACAGAGGAAAACAAAGCCGCUUUGGAAGCUCUAGAGUACUCGAUUCUGCCGGAGAAGUCAUGCGAAGGUUACGAUAUGAUAUACCACAGGCUCUAUAACACCGAACCGUCCAAGUAUUGCUUUGAAGCUGGCUGUAGGAUACUCUUCAUGACCGUGGAUGCGUGCCUUCACAAGCGGGGGCCGAACCCUGGGUUUAUCUUCCUCUUUGACAUGGCUGGAGUGAAGCUGGGUCACAUAACGCGUGUCGGAUUAUUCUCUCAUAAGGAUAGACAAAGAUCGUUGCGAAAGUUCUUCCAAUAUGUGCAAGAGGCGAUGCCGGUCAGGAUGCGGGCCAUCCACGUGUUCAACACCGAGCCAGUUCUGGACAAACUGCUGCUGCUCAUCAGGCCGUUCAUUGACAAGAAGUUCUUUGAUAUGAUUAAAUUCCACCACAAGACCGAGGAUCUGACAGAGUUCUACGAGACAGUAGCACCAAGGUCCGCGCUGCCAUCGGACCACGGCGGGACCCUACCUGAUAUGCGCACCUUACACAAGAAGUGCACCCUAACGCUCCAAGCACUUGAACCAUACUUCACGGCGGAAGAAAAGCAGCGUAUUGAAACGCUGUCGGAUAAGAAACGGGAAAAACACAUGGAGAAGGCCUUUAAGAAUUUGGAUAUAGAUUAGAUUAUAGUAUAUUUAUUUAUUUAAAAUAUAGUACGCUGAUCAUAGACAUAUUAAGAUAAAAAUGUUAAACAUGUGUUGAACACAUGUUUAAAAAAAGUUCUUUUAUGAAAUUUGUAUCUCUCUAUAAUCAACAAUAUUUAGACAUUGAUUAUAUUUAAACACGAGUCGAAGCUUGUCUAAGGUGUGUCUAACGGAUAAGUUAUAUUCAUAUGGAAGUAUUAGAUUAUAUGAUGAUAGAUACAUGACAGCUGUCAAAAAUUGCGUUCCGUUCCUUUAAUUAUUCAUGUACACUUCAGUUUAUGUUGUGCUUAACGACGUUUAAGUUAAACACAAGCUAAACACUGUUUUGUAAUGGACAAAGAUAAUCUCCAUUUUAGACGUCGUAAUUGUUAAGUGACUGACGUUGUUGUAGAUAGGUCACUGUCUAACAAAGCACGUGUCUAAACCAUGUUUAAAUUAUUUUUUUGUAAUAACCAAUACUGUCUUAUUAAUUAACGCAGUGUAAAGUUACUCCAAGUAUAAAAUUACUUCUCACUGUCAUGUAAUUCUGUAGUGACAAAGGUAAGAUAUAAUAACUUACGGUGUUAUUACAAAAAAAAAAUUAAACAUGGCUUAGACACUUGUUUGGUUAUACACUGUCUAACUGUUUAAGCGACGUCUAAAGAUAAACGCCAAACAACAGAAAGAUACGGAUUUGUAACAGAACUAUUUUAAAACAAACUGAAAAAGUUUUAAACUUGGAGUAACUUUACACUGUGUCUAUUCACCAGUUGGAGGCUCCUUCGCACAGGAUGCCGGCUAGAUUAUGGGUUCCAUAACGGCGCCUAUUUCUGCCGUGAAGCAGUAAUGCGUAAGCAUUACUGUGUUUUGGUCUAAAGGGCACUGUAGCUAGUGAAAUUACUGGCCAACGAGACUUAACACCUUAUGUGUCAAAAAGACGAGCGCAAUUGUCGUGCCGCUCAGAAUUUUUGGGUUUCUCAAUAAUCGUGAGCGCCACUGCAUUGUAAUGGGCAGGGCGUAUCAAUUACCACCAGUCAAACGUCCUGCUCGUCCUAUUGUCAUAAAAACAAUUACACAGAUUAUGUUUAAUUGUGUAGACGUAAAAAAUCAUCUGUUGAACUCCUUUUAAAGGCUCAAUAUCUGUCGAACAGCGUAACUGUACUUAAGAGCGAGUACACAUUAGGCGUUUUGAAGCGCGCGCUUUGGUGACGCGCGUUUUGAGAACCAGUAGUUCUUACGCUGGAAGUAACUCUAGAGUGGACGCAAUUCACCAAAAUAGAGACCGAGCACUUCGAUUGAGACUUAUUUAUCGACGAAAUCCAAAAGCUGUAUGGGACAUGGAAAGUCCUGAUUAUAAAAACAAAAUAUUAAAGAAAAGGAAUUGGGAGGAGAUUGUUGAAAUUUUAUAGAAGCCACACACAAGCAAUCACUUUGACGUCCAUUUCCGAACUGAGCCGAGUAUGGACGCCCUACUAACGCUCGUAAAACGCCGUGCUAAGCGCGCUGUAUGUACGCUACCAACGAGCGCCUAACGCAACGCCGAGCGCCUAAUAUGUACUCGCCCUAAGAUAAAAAAAUACGUUCUCACAAAAAAAAAUUAUGCAAUUAUCUUGUGUCUGACAACAAUGUAUGUCGCAAUAACGUAGAUACACAUAUCGGCACAAAUCUCGGAUAAAAAAUGAUAAAAUGCUUACUAAUAUUAAUUAGUUGGACAUAUUGUUUGGUUCGUUAUCUGACUACAGUAAUAUAUCGUAGUAUUAGUUUUCGGACGCAAGCUUUUUGAUAAUAAAAUUAAUCGAGACGAUAACAGCAUAACUAUUGUUUUUUUUUUAUGAAAAUAAGUGUCGAGACGAGCAUGACGUUCAGGUGAUGGUAAUUGAUACGCCCAACCCAUUGCAAUGCAGUGCCGCUCAUGAUUCUUGAAAAACCCAAAAAUUGUGAGCGGCACUACAAUUGCGCUCGUCACCUUGAGAAAGUUAAGAUGUUAAGUCUCAUUUGCCAAGUAAUUUCACUAGCUACGGCGCCUUUCAGACCCAAACACAGCAAAGUUUACACAUAACUGAUACUACCCAUAAUCUAGCCGGCUUCCUGUGCAAAGGAGCCUCCCACUGGUAAAAGCGAGGCUUCAGGACAGCGUAUUAGUAUUAUUCGUUUAAAAAUUUAUAUACUACUGAAAUAUCAUCCUACCCUCCAUUAUGCGUUCAAGAACUGCACAUAAAAAAAAUAAAAAAUAAAUAUAACUGACUUCAAAAAAACUAUCCCAAAACAAUAGAUAUAAUGUGCAUUAAAAAGUAUAAAAAUAAUCGCGUAUUUAUAUACAAUCUUGUUAAUAAUUAUUAUUCUCGAUACAUUUAUUUUUACUUUUGUAAUUGGUGUCCUCUUGCCGCAGCCCCACCCUCGUCUCUCGCCUUGUCAUAUUGCGCGUGCGACACAAGCGCAUCUCACCUACAACUAUGUAUAUAGUUACAAACCUACCUUGGCUGAGACCGAAUUAUAUUAUUUGUUUCAAAUGUCGAACAUUACUGAAAAACAAAGAAAUCUGAUCUGACCUUUAUUCUAAUAUCAGUCGAGAUGAUGUUUAGUUCGAAAUGAAAUGUCAAUUUGCAAAUAAAUUUGACAAAUGUUAUACGUAAGUAUCGAACGAUAUAAUAGUUGGGGCCGACUAUGACAGCUGCCAGAAAACCUUUCACUAACUACCGCCAUUACUGGGUAAAAUUUAUGGUCAAGGAGUUAAGAAGAGAAAAAACUUUCAAUUUUUACUUAGGCAGUUCCGCCUUAGUUCCCGAUUUAGUUUAGUAUGAAACGUGCAGUGAUUUAACAUAACUUUGAAAUAAUAGUAAUUACAGUAUGUCGAUUGGCGACGAAGUAUAAUCCGGCUAAGUUUGAAAGCGAACAGUUUCUUAAAAGGUAGUGGAUUUCGGCUAUCUUCGUUUCUUACAAGAUUAUAGCCGUCAUCUGUCAAUCUAUCAAUGACUGAACGUUUCAUACAAUCGAGUGAAUCGCUUCUUUCUUAGAGAUUUUCGCUAGGCUGUUUAUGGUGGUCCUAAUAUGCGGCUCCCGAAUGCAUCAUGAAGGCUUAUGAUAUGUGGAUAGAUGAAGUAUUUUAUGUAACUGUACACAAUUAGGCAUUAAAACACUCGUUUGAUGUUAUUAAUGCCCAUCAUUAUGUACAUUCAUUAACCAGUGGGAGGCUCCUUUGCACAUGAAGCCGGCUAGAUUAUGGAGACCACAACGGCGCCUAUUUCUGCCGUGAAGUAGCAAUGUGUAAACAUUACUGUGUUUCUGAAGGGCGCCGUAUCUAGUGAAAUUACUGGGCAAAUGAGACUUAACAUCUUAUGUCUCAAGGUGAGGAGCGCAAUUAUUAUAGUGCUGCUCAAGAUUUUGGGGUUUAUCAAGAAUCCUGAGUCUCGUCCUUUUUUAUCAUUUUUUUUUUGUUAUUGCUCUAUGCGACAUUAUUUGUUAAAGUAUUUUAUAAUCUAUUAUAUAUUACUAGCUGACCCAGCAAACGUUGUAUUGCCGAUAUUAAAAUCGCGAUACAAAAGUCACUGUUGAUCGUAGAUGGGUGAAAAUUUGAAGUUGUAUGUAUUUUUUAAUGCUGGCUCCAUAAUUCAAAACAAAUUUAAAAAUAAAAAAAAAAUAAUUGGCAUGGACCGGACCACCCUUAACAUUUAGGGGGAUGAAAAAUAGAUGUUGUCCGAUUCUCAGACCUACCCAAUAUGCACUCAAAAUUUCAUGAGAAUCGGUCAAGCCGUUUCGGAGGAGUUCAAAGUUUAACACCAUGACUCGAGAAUUUUAUAUAUUAGAUGUAUUUAUUAUAAAUGCUGUUAUAUGUUGAAAAUAUGAUAUGUUGAAAAUUAAGUUACCAUGACAAAUAGACGACACGAACGCAGUAGUAGUAAUGUAUUUUUUUUAAUACGAUUGCAGUAUUUUGCUAUCUGUGUUUAAGAAUUAGUGUUUUAUUAUUUAGUUCUAUAACAAAAUGUGAUAUCUUACGAAAUAAUAUAUGAUUUAUUUUGUUUAAAGUAGAUUUAUAUGUAUACAGUGACGUUUUUUUGUUUAAAAAAUUGUAAAAACAUAGCUCCAAAAGUCUAUCCGUAUUUAAAAUAGUUAAUAUAUCGGAAAGCUGACCGAAAUUGUAUUUCAUAUACUUCAAUUAAAUAACAAAAUAAACAUAUUGAUGUCCGCUUCUGCGUAAAUAAAAGGCGGUUAUAGUUAAAACAAGCGACAGGAAUCUGUUGGUUCAGAUAAGUUAUUUUUGCUCAUUGACUGUGGUACAUAGCCGUAUUCUUAGAUUAAGGAAAUCAUCGCUGCGCUCCAACUAGAUACCGCAGGCGUAGCCGCAAAGUGCGGCAACUAAUAGUACGCCCAAGUGGGGCGUACUCGUACGCCCACUCUCAUGCCACAAUAUGUUCUGUUAAACUUUGCUAAUAAUUGAAACUAAAAUGCCGGCUUGCGUAGUAAAACUUUGUAAAAAUAAUGUUACAAGAAAUAAGAAAGACACUGGGAUCACAUAUCAUCAGUAAGUACAUUGUAUUUUAGUAAUUUCAAUGAAAAAUCACACGUAGUGGUUGUUACAAAAUUUGAAAGAUGCCAUUGAGUGUCAAGAUGCCACGCACGCAAGCAUCUAAUAGUUACCAUUAUAAAAAAAGCUAUUGUUCUUAGAUAGUGUGGUAUCUAGUUGGAGCACAAUCCAUAAUCUAAAGCCGUAUAAUUAAUUGUACAAAUGUUUUAAGCAAAUUAAAGUUAACUACUUAUAGAUUAUUUAACUCAUAUUAAAUCUGUAUAUUUGUAGUAGAAAUAAAAGUAUUUACCUGGUUAUAGCUACCUAGCUUAGUUUAUAAUUUAUAUUUAUAAUAUCUUUAUAUAAUAUCUGUAUUUAUGUGGUGGAGGUAAUUAAAGUACCUACAAUAGACAAUUUUAAUCUAUUUCUUAUCACACUGAUCAAUCACAAUGUUUGUUUUUAGUUUUAAAUUGGAUAUUGGAAGCCUGUAGCUAAAUUAAAGUAUUUUAUUAAUUUA